AUGCCAUUGAUAAGCCUUAGCAGCUUCGGUCACAGACGUGCUUCACUGCUUCUUGCGUCCUCUGUGUUGAUUUCGCUGAUCCUGCUCGCCUAUUAUUAUCCAUUGCUACCCACUUAUGGGCGUCUGGAGACAGAAGCAACUAUCUCUGCCGAAGGAAAGCCAGUGCCCCAUCUUCCGGCUGAAUACACCGGUAUUCCCGAAGAACAACGCUUCUGUGCAGAGCGAUUUGGAACGACAUACCUCGAAAAUCUUCGUGAUUCGGCGACGCAGUACUGCAAUGGAUCGUCCGCGCUGACUUGCUUUCAUUCAAAGACUGUGGAUCGAUGGGAUUCAUUCUGUUUUGGAAAAGGUGCCAAGUUCGAUCCAGAGGAUGGGAAAUUCCAUCUAGAAUGCGAUCUACAUCAGCACAAAAAGUCCGACUCCGGCCCAGAUUAUCCAUAUCCCGAUCAUUUUCAUAGAUAUAUGUAUGAUACCGGCCCUGGUGUGGUGUUCAAUGGGUGGGUUAACCUUGACGAUGAAACCCGAGGUUCACCACAAGAAACCCCAAACUACAGCAUUCUGGUCAAGCGAGAGGGUGCCACUAACCACUGGCACUCGUUGAUGGAGAUAUUCUCCAUGAUGCUGACCAUGGAUGUACUGCAAAUGGGCCAGCCGUCGAACAAGAAUUCUGCACACUAUAUUCCUGUGCGUGACGCAGCGAACACUCAGUUGGUCAUUCUCGAUGAUAAGCCGGAUGGGCCAUAUUUCGACAUGUGGUCACUUUACGCAAAGAAAGGAGUCGUCCGCCUCAAGGAUAUCUCAGGAAACAUGACCAUUGAAAAUACUAUCAUCCCACUCUCCGGUGGAAGCAAUACCUUGUGGCAGGGGGACUGGGAAAUCAACUCUUGCGAAAAUUCAGCAACGUUGAAGGCCUUCGCCAAUCGUGUUCUGGCCCUCUACGGUAUGCAUGACACCAGGCCACGACAAAGUGAGAAAAUCACAUUCAAUUUUAUCAACCGAGUUUCCGGACGAAGACUUAUCGACAUGGAGGAGUACUUGGCGCGGCUUCAAGAAGACUUCCCUCUCAUCGAAGUCCAGUCCAUUGACUUUGCUUCAAUGUCCUACAAAGAGCAGUUGGAGAUUAUUCAAAAUACGGACAUCCUCGCUGGCGUCCACGGUGCCGGUCUUACUCAUGGUAUAUUCCUGCCCCCUGGUUCAGUCAUGGUGGAGAUUUUGCCGCCCGGUCUCAAUCAUAAGGGGUUCCGUAACGUUGCUGCACUUCGAGGCCAUGAAUACUUCAGUAGCCAUGCAUCAAAUACUCCUUCCGCUAAGGCGGGCGACUGGCAUUCUGAGGAUGUCUUUAUUGAAUUUGAGAGAUUCAAAGAGCUCACGAAUGUGGCCAUCAAAUCACUGUACAAUAAAGGAAUGCGAAGCCAUGAUGCCAGCUAA